AGCAAGCAAGCAAGCAUUCAGUGUUGUGCGGCUUGUGUGUUCGGACAUCAGACAAGCAGCAUCUUGGUCCAGCCACGUCUUCUUCGUCCACAGUGCAAUGACUUAUCGCAGUAGUUGGUGAGAGUGCCGUACUGUUCUUUUCAUUUCCAUCAUGGGUGCCUUCGGAAAAGACACCCCCAGACUCGUGUGGUUGUGCUUCAUCGCAACUUUUUGCUUCCUAAUACUCGACCACUCCGUAUAUCAGGUGUCUGCUGAGUCUAAGGUGGACUCAGAUUUAGUUUUUGAAAAUUUAGAACAAACAGAUUUAACAAAUCAUGAAAAUCACCAUAGGAUAGCAAGAGAUUUAUCCGACAGCGAGGAAAAUUUGUUAGAAUCUAGUCCACCAGCAGAAGAACACUGGUUAUCAAGCACUGUAAAUAGAAUAAGAAGAAGUUUUAAUAGUUUGCUGUCUUCACAAACCAACAGAAGCCAUAGUAGAAGUAAAAGAAAAUCUAAAAGAAUUCCUAGACAAGACACACCAGAAGGUCAAGAAGAAGCUAAAGAAGACUACGAUGAAGAGGAAGACAAUACCCAAGAUUUUAAUGAUACAGAAGAUCUAGACAACGAUAAUGGAGAUAAUGAAUAUGAUGAUAACACCGGUGAUAAUGAAUACGAUGAGGAAAAUGGAGAAGAAAUAGCUAAUGGUGAAGACUAUAAUGAGGAAGAUGGAAAUGAGGAUGAAGAAGGGUAUGAUGAUGUCGGGCAAACUGAAGACAAUACUGAAGAUGAAGAACCGGAAGAAGAAUAUCCACCAAAUGUUAACAACGAGACAACGACACUAACAGCCAACACAGUUACUGAAACUCCUCAAAUGCAUUUCUUUACAACGGAAAAUGGAGACGGCGUGAAUCGGAUGGGUUUUGAUUUCUUCAAGCCUGAUACUGCCUACAAUCGUUCUACUCAAGAAACUCGCAAUGAAACUCAAUUUGGAUACGAUGAUGAAGAUAAUCUUAUUACAUCCGGGGAGGGAAGCACAGACGGCUCAUCUGUACCCCACAUCCCAGUUUCACACCACCCUGUAUAUUACCGCAUUUCAUUCACCGCUAGCGAACCAUACGUGGACUCCUUCAGCGACCGAAAUAGUUUCAAAUAUCGCGAUUUUAGUGAAGAUCUUAUAAGGGAAAUCGAUAGUUUAUACCAAAAUAUUCCCGGGACACAAUCGGCUACAGUUAUUAAAAUAGAGAAACGUGAAGCUGAUGCUUUUACGUCAAAAGUAACAAUCGAUCUGGGAAGUGAUGGUUACAAUAACGACAAAGUCAUAAGAGAUGUUCUCUACAACCACAUAAAAAGCAACCACAGAUUGGGUGGGACAACCGUUUUACCCGAGGACUUCCACUUUAGAGUUUUUGAAGCUUCAACAAAUGUUAUGUGUGGUGUGAAUCAAAUACCUUGCCAUUCUGGGGAAUGCGUUCCUUCUGAGGCACGCUGCAAUGGAAUUUAUGAAUGCGCAGAUCAGUCAGAUGAGGCUGGAUGUGAUGUUCUCGUCGACACUUCUUCAACAACGACACCAUCAGAUGAACUUGACCUUGGAAGCGGCCUUCCUGAUGAAGGACGAUCUUCAGAAUCGAAAUGUCGCGCUGAUGACAGUGUUCGAUGUUCAGAUGGUUCGCCAUCGAUUUGUGCAGAUCAAGUCUGUGACGGAGUCAAGGAUUGCGCCGAUGGAGGAGAUGAAGAGAAUUGUCCCUCUGAUUGUGCCAAAGGUGAAAUUAGCUGUGACAUAACUAGAUGUAUUCCUGAGAGCAAACGCUGUGAUGGUGUGAAAGACUGUCAAGAUGACACAGAUGAAAGAGACUGCAUUGUUUGUCGAGAGGACGAAAUAAAAUGCGACAAUAAGUGCAUUCCUUUGAACAAACGCUGCGAUGGGACACCAGACUGCAGUAAUCGAGCCGACGAACUGAAUUGCCCAGCAGAGGCCCAAUGCAGACACGAUGAGUUCCUCUGUCGUCGUUCCAACCAAUGCAUCCCAUUGCAACAACGCUGCGAUGGCUACAGAAACUGUCCCAAUGAUGAAGACGAAAUCGACUGCACCGACCGAUGCGGUGAUGACGAAUUCACGUGUCAAAAUGGAGAUUGUGUCCCAAUAUCAGCAAAGUGUGAUUCAAAAUACGAUUGCAACGAUUUGUCCGACGAACGAAAUUGUCCGUGCAAACCGACGGAUUUCCGAUGUGACAAUGGUGUUUGUAUCCUUCCCCAUCUACGAUGUAAUGGAAUUCAUAACUGUCAGGACAAAUCUGAUGAAAUUGGAUGUCCUAGUAGCCCUAGACCAGGAACUCCUGAUUACAACUAUUGCACUUCCGAUCAAUUUAAAUGUAGAGAGGGUAAUUGCGUUAGUUUGUCGAAACGCUGCGACGGGAAACCCGAUUGUCUUCAGGGCGACGAUGAGGAAUCUUGCGCUUUAUGCCGUUCUGACCAAUUCAAAUGCAAAAGUGGCCAUUGUAUUGAUGCGCAGAAUCGUUGUGACAAUUAUAGCAAUUGUCCGGAUGGUAGUGAUGAAAUAAAUUGCAAUGGUUUUCCGCAGAGUAUAUGUCCCGAAGGUGCAUUUGAGUGUGCUGCCGGUUUUUGUAUCAUGGACUACAAAAGAUGUAACGGUAUAAAAGACUGCCCUAGUGGCAAUGACGAGGACGGUUGCCCAACAACCAUAACACCUGUAACACCUGAGCCAUCAUGUGCUUCAAGCGAGUUUCGUUGCAACGACGGCCGUUGUAUCGAUAUUAGCUACCGCUGCGACGAUAUACCAGACUGUCGAGAUAAAUCUGACGAAAUAAAUUGUUAUUCCAUUGGUGCUUGUCCCGAAGACGAAAUUCUAUGCAACGAUGGUUCCUGCGUGAAAGGGCAAAAGUGCGAUCGUUCUUUCGACUGUCCCGAUGGUUCUGACGAAACCGGAUGCAGUUUUUGUUCUCCUGAUCAGUUCCCUUGUCAAGGUGGGGGCUGUAUCGCUGAACAUUUACGUUGUGACGGUACAAUACAUUGCUCUGACGGGUCCGAUGAGCAAAACUGCGUUCACACAUGUCCACCAGACCAAUUUCGGUGUGGUAACGGAGUAUGCUUAGAUAUUCGACGUGUUUGCGAUAGACAUCCUGAUUGUCCUGAUGGUUCCGACGAGCAGAAUUGUACUGGAUCUUUGCCAGGCCCUGAUGAUAAGAGAUGUCUACCUGAUCAGUUUGAUUGUGGAGACUCGUCUUGCAUUAACAAAGAAUUUUAUUGUGACGGAUACAAAGACUGUAAAAAUGGAAGGGAUGAAGAAGGAUGCAGUUCCGGUCAUUGUAAAGACGAUGAAUUCCGCUGCACCGAUGGCACAUGCAUUCCCAAUUCUGCAUCUUGUGACGGUGCUCGCCACUGCAGGGACGGCAGUGACGAAUUUGAUUGUCCUCCUCCUCCGAGCAUGUGUACAGUUAAUGAAUUUGAAUGCGAUAAUGGAGACUGCAUCCCGAAUUACCUGGUCUGUGAUGGAAUAUCGGAGUGUCCUGAUGGCUCUGACGAAAGAGAAUGUCAAUGCCGUACAGAUCAAUUCCAGUGUUCGAAUGGGACUUGCAUAGCCGGUAAUUUACGUUGUAACAGAAGGAAUGACUGUAGUGACGGUUCUGAUGAGUUUAAUUGCCCGACUCAACCACCGCCAUUUGUAACAGAACAACCACCACCACCGAGACCUCCUCCCCAAAUCACCUGUUCGCCAGGCACUCAACCAUGUCACAGUGGAGACAGAUGCAUUCUUCAUUCACAAUUUUGCGACGGCAGAGUCGAUUGCAACGACAUGUCCGACGAAACCAACUGUCAACCCAAGGCUUGUUCGAAUGGCCAAUUUCGAUGCGAAAACGGCCCUUGUAUCCGAGAGGAGUUGCGAUGUAACGGAAAAGUGGAUUGUCCGAAAGACUCUAGUGAUGAGCUAGAUUGUCCAUUGAAAUUUAUUGGACCAACACGCUAUCCUGGACCCAGCGAUGGGCUUAACCUGAAGACCUAUCCAAGCUCACAAGAAAUUAAAGAAAACAUUUAUAAGCCCGAUCGAGAAGUAGUCUUCCAAUGCAGAGAUGAAGGUCCAUUUAGAGCAAGAGUGCGCUGGACUAGACCCAACGGGGAACCAUUACCUCCAGGGUCCCAGGACCGCAAUGGUCGACUUGAAAUUCCCAACAUCAAAGUCGAACACAGUGGAACUUACACUUGUGAAGCCGUUGGGUAUCCUCCCAAUACACCGGGAGCUCAAGUCUCAGUACAUCUCCAAGUCGACCGAUGGAUACCACCACCAAUCCGGCCACCGACAGCUUGUGCCCUCCACGAAGCCACUUGUUCAAACGGCGACUGCAUCCCCAAACAUCAAGUCUGUGAUGGGAAAUACGACUGCACCGAUGGUUCUGACGAAAACCGUUGCAACCCCAACGGAUGCGAACCGAACGAAUUCCGCUGUGGCAACAAGAAAUGCGUUUUGAAAACCUGGCGAUGCGAUUCCGACGACGAUUGCGGCGACGGCUCCGAUGAAGAAAACUGUGCCACGAACCCUCCUGGAUCACUUUGCGCUUACCACCAAUUCGCAUGUCAUUCCAACAACCAAUGCAUUCCACGAAGCUACCACUGUGAUCUGGAACGCGACUGUAUCGAUGGUAGCGAUGAAAUCGGUUGCUCGAUCCCUGUGGUUUCGAAGCCUCCACCACCCAUGGUCAACCUCGAGGUUGGCUCCCUGUUCGAAAUCACUUGCACGGCAGUUGGUGUCCCCACUCCUGAAAUCGUCUGGCGUUUGAAUUGGGGACACAUUCCACCAAAGUGUCGCACUACAAGUGAUAACGGUUUUGGGACCCUCUCUUGUCCCAAUAUCCAAGUGGAAGAUCAAGGCGCUUACUCUUGUGAAGUCAUCAAUAUUAAAGGGACUGUUUUUGCGAUCCCUGACACUAUUCUAGUCAUCAAUCAGAAUACUGUUUGUCCUGCUGGAUAUUUUAAUGAAGAAGCUCGAAGUCAAGCUGAGUGCAUCAAGUGUUUCUGUUUCGGCCAAUCUACGAAAUGUCGUUCCGCCGACUUGUUUAUUUACCAUUUCCAACCGCCGUUUGAUACUUUGAAACUUUUGGGUGUUCGCAUUGACUCGAAUACUGGAGUUAUUGAUAUACGAGAUGAACCAAUUUAUCGAAAUGCGCAACCUCAAUUGACUGGAGUUGGCAGAAAUGGUGUUCAUACCCAGUUGCCCCCAUAUGGGCAGAUUAGUUCGAGUGAUUUAGUGCCAUACUUUGCCAUGCCAGAGAAUUACCACGGAAAUCAGUUGAAGAGUUAUGGGGGUUAUUUGAGAUUUACGGUGCGACACUAUAAUCGAGGAUAUCCCAUAGCAGGACCUACAGUUAUUCUCACCGGCAAUGGUUACACUUUACUGAGCAGACAAGACAUCAGUCCGCCCCCAAACCGCGACGAAAACAUCGAAGUUAGAUUCUUUGAGGGCGAAUGGGUGAAACGUUCCGACCGCCAACCCGAAACACCCGCCACUCGCGAAGAAAUAAUGAUGGCUUUGGCCGAAGUCGACAACAUUUUGAUUAAAUUGCAAUACAGUGAAGGCCCCUUAAACACCACAAUUACCAACAUCGAAAUGGACUCUGCGGGGGCACCCAACAGCGGUCUAGGACCAGCGUCGUACGUCGAAGAGUGUGAAUGCCCUGUGGGUUACAGUGGGUCGUCUUGUGAGCGCUGCGCUGAUGGGUUUGUACGUCACAAGACCGGCCCAUGGCUUGGGCAAUGUUACCGAGUCCAACCGCAACCCUGCCCUCCUGGGACUUACGGAGAUCCCUCACGAGGAAGACCCUGCGAGGUUUGUCCAUGUCCUUUAACAAGUCCCAGCAACCAGUUUGCUAGAACGUGUUCGUUGGGGUCCGAUGGUGAAGUCACGUGUGAUUGUCCACCAGGGUAUGUUGGAAGACGUUGCGAACAAUGUGCUCCUGGUUACUCUGGAAAUCCUCUGGUUCCUGGAGAUUCGUGUCGGGUUGCUUCGUAUUGCAAUCCCGAAGGAACAAGUCUUGAAGAACAAGGAAGAUGUCGGUGCAAAGAUUACGUUGAUGGUCCGACUUGUGACACCUGCAAGGCUAACACCUUCUUCCUCAGCGGCGAAAACCAAUUCGGAUGUAUCGCCUGCUUCUGCAUGGGUGUAACAAGACAAUGUAGCAGUUCUAAUUGGUUCAGAGAUCAAAUAAGUACCACAUUUACAAGUUCACGUGACCAUUUCACUCUUAUUGAUACCGAAAGAAGAGAACAGCCUAUCACAGACGAAAUUCGACUGGAUCAAAACCGACGUGAAAUUUCCUACAGCAGCUUCUCAAACCCCAAUGUACAUUAUUGGUCGCUUCCUCCCCGUUAUUUAGGAAAUAAAAUAGCUUCAUAUGGGGGUUAUUUGAGGUACACGUUGCGUUACGUUCCUCUACCGGGUGGCCAAAUAUCACGAAAUUCAGCCGCUGAUGUAGAACUCGUCAGUGCCAAUGAAAUAACUUUAUUGUACUACGCUAGGGAACAAUCUCAACCUACUGGAACAGCUCAAACUUUCGUUGUUCCUUUAUUAGAGCAGUAUUGGCAACGCAGCGAUGGCCAAAAGGCCGAUCGUGAACACUUAUUAAUGGCUUUGGCCGAUUUGAACGCCAUUUAUAUCAAAGCGACCUACAAUACCAACACUAGAGAAUCAGCAUUGAUUUCGGUGUCUCUGGAUACGGCAAACGAGUACAACACUGGAUCCAGCGAGCGGGCUUUGGCCGUUGAACAGUGCCGUUGUCCUGAGGGGUACACAGGCUUGUCUUGUGAAGACUGCGCCGUUGGAUACACUCGAGCCGAGGAAGGAAUCUAUCUUGGAAUUUGCGAACCUUGCAACUGCAACGGUAACUCCAGAGAAUGUCAUCCGGAAACCGGGGUGUGCCAGAACUGCGAUAACUUCACCACUGGAGAUAACUGCGAGUUGUGUCUGCCAGGGUAUGAAGGCGAUCCCGCAAACGGAAUUCCGUGUAUUGGGGGAGGCUCACAGUGCAACUGUGACCAACAAGGGGCCAUUUCACCGGAGUGUUAUAAUGGAAUUUGUCGGUGCAAGACCAACGUGGAAGGGAAUCGGUGUAACCGCUGCCGGCCGGGCACUUUCGGUUUAACUGGUGGCAACAUCCACGGUUGCCAAACUUGUUUCUGUUCUGGAGUGGCCACUGAGUGCGUAGACGGCAACUUAUUCUACGAACAAAUCCCGAUAUUUAUUGAUGUCGACAGACACGGAUUUACACUCACUGAUGAGUACCAAACCCGACGCAUCGAUUCCGGCUUCCAAAUUCACACUCCCAUGAACGAAAUCGGCUACACAUUCCGACCGAGCACUUCAGAGAGAUGGUUUUGGUCGCUUCCACGGGAAUUCACCGGCAACCAAAUCAAGUCGUAUGGCGGCCGACUUGAAUUCACUCAACGUUUCACUCAACGUCCCCAAGCUGGCUACGUCCCUGAUAAAAGCAUCAUUAUAAUCGGCAACGGCAUUACCAUUUAUUGGACCAAUCCGCAAUCGCAAAUUCCCGAUGUGGCAAAUAAAGUGUCCGUUGUGUUGAAUCCGAGCUCUAAUUGGCAACGUCUCGACGGCAAUCAGGGUCCCAGACCGGCCACUCGUGAAGACAUCAUGACCGUUUUGGCGAAUAUCGACGUCAUUCUUAUCAACGCUCAACCAUCAAGUGAUACCGAAAGUGCCUACAUUAGCGACGUUACUUUAGAUACUGCCAUUGAGCAAAACACUUUCAAUCCUUUGACUCGUGCGAUCGAAGUUGAAAUUUGUAGAUGUCCGCCGGGUUAUCAAGGAACAUCUUGCGAAUCUUGCGCUCCCGGAUUUUACAGGGAUACCAACGAUUUUAGCACUGGACCCUUAGGGUCGUGUUCAAGGUGCCCGUGCAACAAUCACGAACAAAGCUGCUAUUUAUCACCGAACAACAGAGUUGUUUGUAAUUGUCUACCGGGAUAUAUGGGCGAGCGAUGUGUGAGCGGUGACGGGAAUGUGACUACAACACCGGGACCGGUUUAUUCCACUCCACAUCCACUUACGAUGGAAAUAACAAUUGUAGCUCCCGUAAUUGAGAUUUACAAAGUUGGUAGCACUGUUAGAUUCAACUGUAGUGCACGAUCACUGUUGGGGCCUAGACCAAUUAGAGUGACAUGGACCAAAGACGGUGCUGGACUCCCGGCUCAUGCCAUCGAUGACGGAAGAGGAAUUUUAGUCAUCACAAACUUGAAGGUGUCCGAUUCUGGAAGAUACAUCUGCGAAGCAACCGAUGGUUAUGCUAUUGAAAGCAAAGAUAUAACAGUUACUGUAGGACCAUCCCAGCCAGAACCACCACGAGUUGUAAUAACACCUCCAUUCGUGGAUGUCCAAGAAGGUCAGACGGUUCAAAUCCAAUGUGCAGCCACUGGUACACCCGAGCCAGUUUUACGUUUGAUAAGACUCGAUGGUCAACAACUAAAUCCAACACACUACUUCCAAAACGGCCUUUUCCGUAUUCCUCAAGCUCGCAAAUCCGAUGAAGGUCCAUAUCAAUGCAUCGCUACAAAUGCAGCCGGCACUCACACAUCUAACGUAGAUAUUUACGUGCGAGAGAACACCGGUGGUAGACCUGUAACGGUGGAAAUAUCACCCCCAUAUUACGAGGGUUCAAGCGGAGAAUCUUUCUCGUUGAGGUGUCAAGCCGACAGAGCGAUCGAUAUCAAAUGGACGCGACAAAACGGACGUCCACUACCUUACAGUUUCAUAGUCAAUCGGGAUGUUUUAACUGCUUCAUCUCCAAGAGCUGAAGAUUCGGGAGUUUAUGUUUGCACAGCGACUUCGGCUACGGGAUACACCGCCAUGGGGACUGCCGAUGUUACGAUAUACGAAUCAUCAGGCACGUCUCCACCGAGCGCCAAAGUCAGCCCCGAACGCAUCACAAUCUCUCAAGGUUCCUCCACCGAACUUCAUUGCGACGCCACUGGCUCCCCAACACCCACAAUCAAAUGGACGAGAGUUGGUUCCGAACUACCCCCACAUAUCACCCAAUCCGGUUCUAUUCUCUACAUUCGAAACGCUCAAGUUUCAGAUAGAGGAGUCUACGUUUGUGUCUCCUCCAAUAACCUCGGCCUCGCUCAAGCUUCCUCCAUCGUUGAAGUAAACCGUCUCGAAAUCCCCAUUCUUUCAGUCCAUCCACAAGCCUCCCAAACAAUAACAGCUGGCAACAGUGCAAUUCUCGCGUGUCGGGUUGAUGCAGGCAUUCCGGCCCCCACAGUGGUAUGGACGAGGGCAGACGGCCGACCCUUAAGUCCCAACAUUGAGACAAUGUCCCACGGCACCUUACGAUUCACUCAAAUAACUGAAAACGAAGGCGGCGAGUAUAUUUGCACUGCUGAAAACGAGGCUGGCAGAGCGACUGUAACAGCAAGCAUCGAAGUCCAAAUUGCUCCAGAGGUUUGGACUGUACCCGAGGAAGAUGUGAUUAUGAGGAGACGAGAUGAGUUUGUAAGACUUGAGUGUCAUGCUAGGGGUAGUCCACCACCGUCAGUGCAAUGGAGGAGGUUAUCAGAACCCUAUGGAGCUUCAGGACGUUCUGGACUUCCUGCUGCUUCAAGAAAUGUAGCGAUACUCGAAAUUGCUAGAUUUUCCACAAGAGACCAAGAUUUGUACAUCUGUGAAGCACGAAACCAAGCAGGAGUUGCAGAAAAGAGAGUUCAACUUGCGAUUUAUAGCGUUCCUAGUCGCGGCGACAUUGUGGGUAACCGAUCACGUGGAGGUGAAGAUUCAACGGGUAACGAAGUAACUCCCCCUGAAGGGGACUACAGAAACAACGAACGACGACCGACUUAUUUACCACCUAGACAACGUCCAUCACACACUUACGACGAAAAAUUCACAGCUCCUGUGGGGACUCGGGCAGAGUUGCGUUGUCAAAUCAACAACAAUUAUGAUAACGAACCAAUUUAUGUCAAUUGGGCUCGAACGGAUAAUUCUUCAUUACCAAACGAUGCUUUUAUAAGAAGUGGAACGCUUUACAUCGACAAUGUCCAGCCCUCCGCCGGCGGUGAAUACCGCUGCUUGGGAACAACAUCCUCAGGACAAGUCGUCUUUUCUGUUGUUGCCCAUCUGGAAGUUAUCUCACCUCCAAGGAUCACUUUAAUUCCUCCACGUCAAGUGGUUCGUCCUGGCGACAACGCUUACAUCCAAUGCAGUGCCACAGGCCAACAACCAAUAACAAUUCGCUGGGUACCAGUCGGACGCUCGUUUCCCCCAUCUGUGACCACUCGUGAUGGCUUAAUUCAAUUCAAUAAUAUUAAACUAAGUGAUGCUGGACGUUAUCGUUGUACUGCAGUUAACACUGCUGGAGAAGCUGAUGCUGUUGCUGAUGUUAUCGUUGAAGAAAACGUGCACAAACCGUCUCUAACUGCCGAAAACCGCCAACAAACGGGUCCAAUAGGGUCAACAAUAACACUCCGAUGCAGAGCACACGACUCCAGUGUUAUUCCCAACAUUAAAUGGUUCCGUGAGAGAUUACCACUUCCACAAAACUCCCAAGUCCAGGGUGAAAUUCUCACGAUUUACAAUCUGCAACCGCAGGAUGAAGGCCGUUAUUAUUGUGAAAUGCCAACAGAUGGAGGCAGUUCCAGUGACUAUGUCGACUUGCAAGUUACCAGUUCAUGGUCUUGUCGAUCAAACCAAUGGAAAUGUAGAAACAAUGUGUGCAUUCCCGUUUCACAGUAUUGUGACAACAAUGAUGACUGUGGUGAUAACAGUGAUGAGGACAACUGUAGUCAUAGGAUACGACGGGGGCCCUCCACCGUAACGGUACCAUCACCAUCUCUCCACAUAACACCAUCAGAAAGAACCUACAGAGCCGGAGAACACGUUGACCUCAAUUGCCAAUCAAGUGAACCUGGAGUGAUAACAACAUGGUCAAAACUGGCCGGUUGGUUUGAAAAUAAUGUUCAAAGUGCCGGUGGUGUCUUAAGAAUACCAUCAGUACGACCGGAAAAUUCAGGAGUGUACCGAUGUGAAGCUACCGGUUACCAAGGUGUAUACCACAAGGAUUACCACUUAGAAGUCAUAGACCGCGAUUUGAAUUUGGAUGAACCUCCACUGGAAAUUAAAACAGCACCUCAAGGUUCCACUGUUAUAUUGGAAUGUAAAACGGAUUUGGAACCACCAGUGAACUAUUUAUGGACGAAACAGGGACGAAAUCUCCCAGAUAACGUUGAUGUGCACAGCCGUUCGAUUCAACUAAAUGAAGUCAACAGCAUGGAUGCAGGUGUUUACACUUGCUCACAAAACAACGGUGACCGUAAAAUUGAUACAACUACAGUAUUAACUGUCACUGGAAUAGUACCCCAUUUCGCUCAAGCACCCACUAGUUACAUUGCAUUAGAAAAUACAGUUGAUUUGUAUAUUCAAUUCAAUUUCGAAAUAUCGUUUAAACCCCAAAACGGCGAUGGUUUAUUACUGUAUAACGGUGAUAAGGGUAGUGAUAAAAACGGGGACUUUGUUUCACUUUCGCUCGUCAAUGGGGUACCCGAGUUUAGGUUUAAUUUAGGAGGGGGAGUAGCUACAGUAAGGGCCGACCGUCCAGUGACCCUCAACGAGUGGCAUACCAUUAAAGUCAUAAGAUACCGAAAGAAAGUAACCAUGUUCGUCGAUGGUACAGGACCAUUUAUUGGUAACGCUGAAGGAAAAUACAUCGGGCUUGAUCUUUCCGAACAAUUGUAUCUGGGUGGAGUCCCCGAUUUUGAUGAAAUUUCUCCCGAAGUUGGAGUUUUGAAUGGAUUUGUGGGUUGCAUUAGCCGAUUCAAGAUCGGUUUCAACUACAUAGAUAUCACAAAACAAGCUAAAUAUAAACAUGGUAUCACCACGUGUGAAACUUGUUCACAUGAUAAAUGCAAAAAUAGGGGCGUGUGUCAAGAAGCCUUGUCUCCUGAGGGAUAUUCGUGUAUUUGCACCCCUGGGUAUAGUGGGCCCAACUGUGAAAAGCUGAAAGGAGAAGCUUGCUCGCCAUAUACUUGUGGGACCGGUCGAUGUCUCGAUAACGACAACGGCUUCGACUGCCUUUGCCCAAUGGGUCGCGUAGGCCGCCGAUGCGAAAGAGAAAUUUCCGUAAAUGAGCCGGCUUUCAGCAACGGCGCUUACAUCGCCUAUCCUGUACCAAAACUCCAAAGACGUUUCAAAGCCGCUCUGAAAAUCAAGCCAACUGACACUCGUGACGGCAUAUUGUUAUACUGUGCUGAAACAGAUGAAGGACACGGAGAUUUCGUCAGUUUAGCCAUCAAAGACCGUCACAUUGAAUUCAACUUCAAUGUAGGAGGACGACCUGUGACCAUCCGCAGCGAGAAAGAAGUGAGACCUGGAGAAUGGCAUGUUUUAACAGCAACAAGAAGCUUAAGCGAAGGACGACUUAUCGUCGAUGGGGAAACGACAUUCGGAACGACACCAGGAAACCAUAAAACUCUGAAUUUGUUAACUCGGUUGUAUGUUGGCGGUUACGACAGUGAAAGUAUUAAGAUCAACGAAAAAGUUGGAGUCCACUCGGGUUUCAAUGGUUGUAUUUCGGAGAUCAAAAUGUCGGGAUUGGAUUUGGAUGUUAUCAAUUCUGCUGAGGAUUCUGCUAAUGUUAUGGAGUGUAGCAGUUUGGAUAACGAAGUUGAUAACAAUGUCGGUGGAUUCGAAUAUGUUCAUGAAAAUACACCAACUACACCAUCUUAUAAUAGUAGAAGAACCGGAUGUUCAAGCAAUCCCUGUAAGAAUGGUGGGCAAUGCUACCCCUUGUCACCGAUGGAUUACAACUGCAAUUGUUUGAAUGGAUUCAGUGGAAAAGACUGCGAAAUUGAAACUAACAUCUGCGAGCAAAAAAUCCCAUGUCAAAAUGGGGGUACAUGCAGUGGAAAUGCAACAGGAUAUGAGUGUAGUUGUCCACUUCUCUUCUCUGGCAAAAAUUGUGAACUCCGUGUCGAAUUAAGAAACGAUGCAAAUUUUAACGGCAAAGGCUACUUGGAAUUCGACAGAGAGCUCCUUGACCACAUCAGAGAAAACGAAGACGAGCUUAUUGCAGUCGAAUUGUCGACAAAUUCAAGCGACGGAUUGGUCUUUUGGCACGGACAAACUCCCAACGAAGACGGUCAAGGCAAAAAUUACAUUUCUCUUGGAGUUGUCAAUGGAUAUUUGGAAUUCAGUUACGAUCUAGGUUCAGGUCCUGCGAUAAUUAGAAACACGCAGAAGCGAGUCGAUGAUGGACAAAGACACAGUGCCAUCUUGAAACGCAGAGGUCGUGUUGGCUCCAUCGAAAUCGACAAUGCUUACACUCAAACGGGUGAAUCCCCCGGUUUUACGAACACGUUAUCAUGCGCUGGAAAUAUAUACUUGGGAGGAGCUCCAAACAUUGGCUUGAUGACUGGAAGAAGGUUUAAUCAUGGUUUUGAUGGCUGCAUUCACGCUUUCGAGCUACAAAAUUUAAAAACACUUGAUUUGGGAAUAAGAGCAAUCUCUGGAGUUAAUGUUAAACCAUGUUCUAGCUUCGAUGACCUAUAUGACGAAAAUGACCUCGUGAAUUGAGAACGACUAUUAGUUUUAGUUAAAAAAGGGCAGUCAAUUUAGUUGUCCAACAAGUGUUCACUUAUUUGUGUUCAUUUUAUUUUAUUCAAGAUCAUUACAAGUAGCAAAAUGUUAAUUGGUAAAACUCAGUAAAUUAACAUUUUGCCAAUCUUAUUCUAUUCCCCAAUGGAAUAAUUUUCUAUUCUUUUAACUGCCAUUUUUCUGGUCGAUUCUUUUUUUAUACAUAUACUAUAAUCUUUUUUAUAUGAUUUUAUCUUAAAUAAAAAAAUUGUGCCAUUUUAGGGAUAGUUUUAAUAAGAAAGUAACUGUUGAAGAGCAAUGUAUACUUAAAAGGGUACAUAAAAAUAAGGUCCAAUAUGUAAUUUAUGAAAAAAUCAUCUUUCGACUUUUAGUAUAGUCUUUUAAUUUUUAAUGGUGCUAUUAACAAAUUAUAAUGAAUAAAGGCUUUGUUGAUACAAGUUAUAUACUUCUGUGCUUUCUUUGUCCAUAUGUUGCUUACAUUUUCAUAUUUUGAUUAAUUGUACCUAUCAUUUUUACUUUUUCAAAUGAAAAUGUAUACAAUGUGAUUUUACAAAACGAAACAAAAACGUAUCAGCAAUGGUGAUUAACAAUAAAGUAUAGUUAUAUAGGCUAAACAUGUUUUAUAAGUGCUUUAAAUUGUUUCUUUCUCUAUAGACUAAAAAGAAAAAACUAAUUACGUGGAAAAAUUAUAUAAUAUAAUAAAUCAAUUGUAUAAAUUGCCUAAAUUUUAAGAAAUAACCGUGAAACUGAUUUAUUGGAUGGCAUUUAUUAUUGCUCCCAUCUUAGUGCUGAUGAAUCUCUUUGAUAAAUGCCUUCUAAUAACACGCAUUGUUUGUAAUUAACUAUUUGUUAUAAGUGCAUUUUCAAUAACUGAAGACAAUAAUUAUUGAAUAAAUGUAUGUAAAACUGA